GACUCGGGUGGGAAAGAGUUAAGUCAGUUUCGUCGUCGAGGAUGAACCCGGUCUGUGCAUGCGUGUGUAAACUAGAUCGUUUCUGACAAAUGCCCGGCCGGCGCUGCCUCUUCUAGUUUCCUCGAGGAGGCCAGAGUGCGGGGCAGAAUCAGUGAAAUCAGUGAGGUGGUGGAGCAGUGUUUCUCUUCAGUUAAAGUCUUCAGAGGGAAAAACAUCUCUUCAGUCCUUUAGAUUUAAUCGUUUUGUGGUCAAGAUGGUAAAACUGGUCGUUUUGCUUUUAUGCUGCGCGCUGGUCAGUUUGGUCGUCGGGCAGCACGCGCGGGACCGAGUCAGCCCGUGGACGCAGAGGAUCCAGUGGGAGAACAACGGGCACGUGUACAGCUUACUGAGUACCGGCACCGAGUACCACUCACCCUUACACUCCAGGAGGGAGUCCCGAGUGUACCUGAGCAGCCGGAGCCAGGCGGCCAGCCCCCUUUCUCCUGGAGAAGCGCGAGACGCUUCGGCGCAUUUUCGCGUAACGACGUCGCGCUCAGGUUCCAGCAGAACGGCGUCCGCGGUCAUGGGACCGGACGGCAGACCCUACUUCGUGGCGAGCGGCCGCGCAGCGGGUGCUAGGAACGCGAAUCUGGGCGCACCUCCACGGCAAGGACUCGCGGGGGCACCGGGCGCAAGACGUUACGCCAACGCCGCCGCGUCAAACACAAAUCCAGCGCAACCAUCAGGCUACUCGGGUAGCGGCGUCCCGAGAAGAUCAACCUCGACCACGGAGGAUGAUAACAGCGCGAACCGAGUUCAAGAGCUGCAUCCGGAGAGCGCAGCGCCCGCGAACUUGGAAAGCGCGCGCGUGGAGAGCGUGAGCGCGCAGCAAUCCUAUCCUGAUCCUACGAUCACUGGGCAGGAGAGCGUGGGUGAUGCCGUCGCUCCAGCGCCUGGUUCUCUCGGAACAAGCGAGGAAGAAGAGACACCCGACAACAUGAUCGGCGACGACCCUUGGAACCCACAGAAAAACCACAGGAAUACCGUUUUCUACAACGCGUAUCCAUCAGGCGGACGGGCUGGUACCGCGCGCACGCGCCGUCCUCCACCUGGAACUGGGUACGGCACGAGAUAUUUCCACAACGGGCUCCCGGACCUCGUGCCAGAUCCGUACUCCAUUCAGGCUGGCUCCUACAUCCAGCGCAUGCAGAUGUAUGCGCUCCGGUGCGCAGCUGAAGAGAACUGUCUCGCGCGGUCAGCUUAUAGACCAGCAGUCAGGGACCUCGACUACAGGGUUCUGCUGCGCUUCCCCCAGAAGGUCCGAAACCUCGGCACAGCAGACUUCCUGCCCGUAAAACCCAGACACCAAUGGGAAUGGCACAGCUGUCAUCAGCAUUACCACAGCAUGGAUGCGUUCAGUCUCUAUGAUCUAUUGGACGUAAACACUGGCCGUAAGGUGGCAGAGGGACACAAAGCCAGUUUCUGUCUGGAGGACACUGGCUGUAACCCAGGCUUCCAUCGUCGCUACGCUUGCACUGCACACACACAGGGUUUGAGCCCCGGCUGCCAUGACACCUAUGCUGCUAACAUUGAUUGCCAGUGGAUCGACAUCACAGAUGUUCCUCCUGGUAACUACAUCCUUAAGAUCACAGUUAACCCAAAUUACCUGGUUCCUGAGUCUGAUUUCUCCAACAAUGUGGUGCGCUGUGAGGUUUCCUACAGCGGUCAUCACGUCCAGACUCAAAAUUGCAGGAUAAGCAGGAACUAAAAUCUUGGACAUGUUAGGAAAUCUUUUCCUCCAUAUUUUUCUGUAUUUUGUAAGCUGGCAGUUUAUAUGUAAUUCCUUUCAUAAGAGUAUUCAACAAAAACUUGAAAUAAUGUUGGAAUAACGUGUUAUAAUAGUUGUACUGUAUAUGUAUUAUUUGCGUUAAUAUUUCUGUUUUAUUUUUAGUGCAAUAAAAUAUUGUUUGCAGUAUUAGAGUACAAGAAAUUACAUUUUUAUAAUGCAUUUAAUUUAUAGCUUGUUGUUACAGAUAUGUGCUUUGUGUUAUUUUAUGUGUAUAGACAGUUGCUUUUAAAUUCUUUGUAUUUAUUACAUAUGAAAAUGUAAGGGUAUGGUAUUCUUAAUUUUUUUUUUUCUUUUAAGACCUGAGUAUUUUUUUUUCUACUUGUGUUUAAUUUUGGUGACUCCAGAGUAGACCACUAGAAACGGACGGUAACUACAUGAAGUAUUUCAUUCAUGCUGUGUAAGAAUGCAAGUAGGCAUCCAAAAAAAAAAACAUGUAGUCUGACUGUGUGUAAUGUCCCAGUGCUUUCAUUAUUACAAGAGACAUUCCAUGGCUGAGGCUGUUUCCCUGAUACACAAUAAACAUCACAGAAACUAAUACUGAAAUUGAGUUAUGUUUCUUUUGGAAUUCAGUUAUAAACCCACCGAAGUCUGUUUUGUCUAUUUGAAUGAACUAUCAGGAUUAAAAAAACAGGCAUAUUGGACAUGCGUUCUUUGUAAAAACAAACACUGUUGCUGAUUAAAAUGAAGUCUGACCAAGGAUUUAAUUGGUUCAGACAGUAGACCUUGCAGUAUUUGGGAAAUUUCUGCAUAAACGAGGCAGUGUGUCUGGGACAAAGUCUUGCCAGCUAGGUUCAUUUUGUCUGGAUAAAUGGGGUGUAUUUCCCUUGAUUUUAAUCACUUAAAUAUUUAAAUCUUAUUUAACAUGAGCACAAUAAUGCAGUAUAUAUUUGGAUGUUAAUGAUUCCCUCUUGUCAUUUCCAGUAAGUGAUGGAUGAAGAAAUUGUUUUCUGUAUUCACCAUAGUUGAACUAAUACACAUUCCUCUGGUGGCAUUUUGAGUAAAAAAAAAAAAAGUCAACUGUACAGAGGCUUCCCUAAUGAAGGGUACCCAAAUAUCACCACAUAGUUUUCUCAAUAAAAUGUGACUGUCCUAAGCACAGAAGGGCUGUAUAUCUGUUAUAUGUCUCUAUUUCUCUGCAUAUUAAGUAAAAUAUAAAUGAGUUUGGUUGUAAAUGUAACUAUAAUGAUUUCAUUAUACUCGUGACAAUAACCUGGAUUUAUGUCCACAUUGGUUGUAAUUGUAAAGAUCGUUGAGUGUAAAGUACAGAUGGAGGCUGUCUG